UGUAAUUGUAUCGAAUUAUUCUGCCCAAUUGCAGAAACCAGAACUGCAAAGCAAGGACACUCGUUUCUAGAGGAUCUAUUAUGAUGUUACACCUGAUAGUAGAGUAGAACGUGAGAACGUUAGCUUUAUGGGAAGCUGUAGUGACUUAGUCCAUUAUAUUUAUAUCGGUUCAUAACAUACAAUGAAAAUUAACACGCUUUGACUCAGAUGUUAAAAGAAACAGCCUUUAUAUGAACUCAUUAGUGUGAAAUGACAUUAGCAGUUUUUGAAGUAUUUUGGUCCGUCGGAGCAAAAGUAAAAGAACUCAAGGAAAUUAGCCCGUUUUAUAGCUAUCUUAUGAUUAGCUGGAUCAUUUGCUUAUCCAACUAAUCAUGUUAAAGCUUCGAUAUUUUGGAAAGAAUAGUUAGCCAGAUAUAUUAACUUCAAUAGCGAACCAUAAUAUUUAUUUUAGGUACAGAAGACAGGAAGUUGGAAUAGAAAGUAGCGAUGUUACAUAGAUUGGCUUUGGAAAAGACCUUGAAGUGUUUCAAUAGCCUUGUCGGGUGUCCACGGUGUUUGAGGAAUGGAGCUGAAACAUGGUGCAGAUGGAAGUUACAGUGGAAAAGGAACUACAGUUUUCUACCAGAUGAUGUCAAAUCAGUACGCUCAGUGGUCAAUCCAGAUAUAUCUAGAAUCCGUAACAUUGGCAUCAUGGCCCACAUAGAUGCUGGGAAGACGACCACCACUGAGAGGAUGCUGUAUUACUCGGGCUACACUCGUGCAUUGGGGGAUGUUGAUGAUGGGGACACAGUAACAGACUUCAUGGUGCAGGAGAGAGAGAGGGGGAUCACGAUUCAGUCUGCUGCUGUUACCUUUGAUUGGAAUGAACACAGAAUAAACCUCAUAGACACUCCAGGGCAUGUGGACUUCACCUUGGAAGUGGAGAGGGCUCUACGUGUUCUGGAUGGGGCUGUGGCAGUUUUUGAUGCUUCAGCCGGAGUGGAGGCUCAGACUCUCACAGUCUGGCGACAGGCUGACAAGCAUUGUGUGCCUCGUGUCUGCUUCCUGAACAAGAUGGACAAGCCUGGAGCCUGCUUACUGUAUUCCAUUGAGAGCAUAAAGAAGAAACUGAAAGCCAAUCCAGUCCUUCUGCAGAUUCCCAUUGGUAGUGGUAAAGGCUUCAUGGGAUUGGUCGAUUUGAUCACCAAAGAGCAAGUGAUAUGGAAUGUGAAAUCCUCCAGUGAGGACGGUCGAGUGUUCCAGAAGAUUCCCCUCAGCUCCUGUGAGAAUGCUCAGCUCCUGAGCCAGGCUAAAGAGGCCAGGGGUAGCCUGAUCGAACAGGUUGCUGAUCUGGAUGAUGAAUUUGCAGAACUGCUGCUGGGAGAGUUUGGUGAGGAUUUUGAUGCUGUCCCAUCUGAAAAGCUGCAGGCUGCGGUACGCAGGGUGACUCUGGCCCGGAAAGGGGUUCCUGUGCUGUGUGGGAGUGCUCUGAAGAACAAAGGUGUGCAGCCCUUACUGGAUGCCAUCACCGCCUACCUGCCUGCCCCAAAUGAACGUCACCUCCACCUGGCGCGAUGGUACAAAGAUGACCUGUGUGCCCUGGCGUUCAAAGUUCUACACGACAAGCAGCGCGGGCCCCUGGUGUUUGUACGGAUCUACUCGGGGACCAUGAAGACCCAGUCUUCUGUCCACAACAUCAACAGGAACGCCACGGAGAGGAUGAGUCGCCUGAUGAUGCCGUUUGCUGACCAGCAUGUGGAGAUUCCCUCUCUGACAGCAGGCAACAUCGCCCUCACCGUGGGUCUGAAACAGACGGUGACGGGGGACACCAUAGUCUCCUCCAAGGCAUCGGCUGUGGCUGCCGAACGGCGGGCCCAGAAGGACGGGGCGGUGGAGAGAGGCUCAGAGCAGAGGCCAAGCAGUCUGGCCCUGGCCGGAGUAGAGGUCCCCGAACCGGUGUUCUUUUGCACCAUUGAGCCCCCUACCAUGGCUAAGCAAGCAGACUUGGAGCAUGCUCUGAAGUGUCUACAGAGGCAAGACCCCAGCCUGAAAGUAAGAACAGACACAGACUCAGGACAGACUAUUCUUUGUGGAAUGGGGGAACUCCACAUUGAAAUAAUUCACGAUCGGAUCCGAAGAGAGUACGGCAUUGAGACUGACCUGGGCCCUCUGCAGGUGGCGUACAGGGAAACCGUCCUCCACACGGCAUCUACCACAGACACCCUGGACCGGACUCUGGGGGACAAGAGGCACGUGGUGACGGUGGGCCUGUCUGUGAGCCCCUGGGAGGACACCACUUCCAGCACUUCCUGUGACAUCAUCUACAAAGAGGAAGUGGAGCUUCAUCCAGAUGUCAGGAUGGCGGUGGAGAAUGGGAUACAGAGCUCAUAUCUGCACGGUCCGCUGCUGGGUUACCCAGUGCUGGGAGUGAGCACCUGCGUGGAGUCUGUGUGCGUCCAGCCGGGAACAUCCAUGGCCAUGGUGUCUGCCUGUGUGUCCCGCUGCAUGCUGAAGGUCCUGCGGCAGGCGGGCGGGCAGCUGCUGGAGCCUCUGAUGAGCCUGGAGAUCACGCUGGAGGAAGGGCACCUGAGCUCCGUGCUGGGGGACCUGGCUCAGAGACGCGGAGCCAUCCAUGACAUCCAGAGUCGCCACGACAACAAGGUGGUGCUGGCCUCCGUGCCUCUGGCCGAAAUGAUGGGCUACUCCACGGUCCUACGCACUUUGACCUCAGGGAAUGCUACCUUCUCCCUGCAGCUGUCCAGCUAUGAGGCUAUGAGCCCCCAGGAGCAGAGUGUCCUCCUGCACAAAAUGGCAGGACUGUCCUGAUGCCCCUGAGCUCUGCCUUCUGUGGUCCCAUGAUCCUCUGUGCAGAUCCAUUUCACCUGACUCGAGAGGGAUCAUUCCAGAAAACCUACCUCUCAAUAAAGUUUUACACGCAUG